AUGUCAUAUGGAACAAACCAAGGAUCUUACCCAGGUCCUCCACCAGCAUAUAGUCCUGUUGGAACUUCACACGAACCAAUCAUAGGCAGAGAAUGGGAAGGUGACGAUGUUCCUGAGGAUUUUAAGCAUGGUGUAUCAGUUUCAGAGUGCAGCCUCACUUUUGUGCGUAAGGUCUAUUCGAUUUUGUUUGCACAAAUUGGUUUAACGACUGUUGUGGCCGCAGUUUUUAUGAAUAAUGCUAGUAUCAGAGAUUGGGUUCAAGGCGGGUUUUGGGCUUUGAUCAUUUCUAUGGUUGCAACGUUUGUUCUUUUAUUACUUCUCAUGUGGAAACGUCGUUCUUACCCUACCAAUUUUGCCCUGUUGGCCGCUUUUACGCUUGCCGAGAGUUAUUCAAUUGGAACACUUGUGACCUUUUUUGAUUCCAUAGUUGUGUUACAAGCCUUUAUUAUCACAAGUGGUCUUUUCAUUGGCCUUACGUUGUUUACCAUGCAAUCUAAAUAUGAUUUCAGUGGAAUGGCUUCCUUCUUGUACGUAGGUAUUUGGGUUGUUGUAUUAGCAGGAAUUGUUUCCUGGUUUAUUCCGCUCUCUACUGGUUGGGAUAUGGCACUUGCCAUCUUUACAGCUCUUCUCUUUUGUGGAUUUAUUAUUUAUGACACCUUCAAUAUAAUGAAACGAACAAGUCCUGAAGAAUAUGUGAUUGCUGCUGUUGAACUUUAUUUGGAUUUUAUUAACUUAUUUAUUGCAAUCUUAAGGAUUUUGAAUGAUCUGAAUCGAGAUUAA